UCGCGUUUCAUAUCUGUAUAGAUACAAACUCGCACAAUGGCACGUACCAAGCAGACUGCACGUAAGUCUACCGGAGGCAAGGCCCCCCGCAAGCAGUUGGCCACCAAGGCAGCACGUAAGUCUGCCCCUGCUACCGGAGGUGUCAAGAAGCCCCAUCGUUACAGGCCCGGAACUGUAGCCCUUCGUGAGAUCCGUCGUUACCAGAAGAGCACUGAGCUCCUGAUCCGCAAGCUGCCCUUCCAGCGCCUGGUCCGUGAGAUUGCCCAGGACUUCAAGACUGACCUCCGCUUCCAGUCCUCUGCUGUCAUGGCUCUGCAGGAAGCCUCCGAGGCUUACCUGGUCGGCCUCUUUGAGGACACCAACCUCUGCGCUAUCCACGCUAAGAGGGUCACAAUCAUGCCUAAGGAUAUCCAACUUGCUCGCCGUAUCCGCGGAGAGCGCGCCUAAGGUUUUGAUUGCAUACCUGCAACACAAGAUCAUAAU